AUCAAUCUUGUAAUAAUUGUGUGCAAAAGGGGGGAAAAUGGAUGAUCAUGGAGAAACAAAAUUGACAGGAAUUAGACAAAUUGUGAGACUCAAACAAUUGUUAAACAAAUGGCAAAAUGUCACAUUUACCGCUACUAAUAAGGGAAAAAACCAUGGUUCGAAAAUUGAACGUACAAAAUCAUCCAAUAAUCGAAAAAACGAGUCCUACAAAGGAGGCAUAUCCCCAUCUAUAAGCAAGAGGCUACGAAGCUCCAACGUGUACUGGGAUUCAGAUGAGGACAUUUGUCAGAGCCCGGAAUCGCCACAUGGCGUACCGAGAGGAUAUUUAGCAGUUUAUGUGGGGCCAGAACUUAGAAGAUUUAUAAUUCCAACAAGUUACCUAAGUGACCCUUUGUUCAAAAAAUUACUUGAAAAAGUUGAAGAAGAAUUUGGAUUUGAUCAUAGUGGUGGACUUACAAUUCCUUGUGAAAUUGAAACUUUCAAGUUUUUGUUGCAAUGUAUGGAAAAUCAUCAAAGAUGUCACCCAGUUGAUAAUCAUCACAAUGGUUCUGAUGCAGGGAUCAUGGCUUGA